AUGGUACCCCACUUCAGCUACACCUGUCGUGACUUGGCUGCACUACUUCCUGUUCAUUCAUAUGGCGAUAUUACGCUUCAUGAUUCACUAUCGUUAGAUCAAAUUGCAGAAGAGGAAAAACGAAACGAACGGCUUGGACAAAUCGCUAUUUUCGAUAUGGCAGGAUUUUCCCGGCAUUCAAUUCAUAUUCCUGGUAUCAAAAUCAUUUCCAGUGUUUACGAUACUUUACAGUUAAUGUUUCCCGGUGUUUCUCGAAAAAUCUAUGUAGUUAACGCGUACUCUUCAAUAAUAAUGCAAGCUUACCGUCUCAUCCAGUACGUCCUUACUAAGAAGAGCAGAGAAGCGUUUGAGUUUUUGGAUAGUGAAUGGUGUUCACGUCUAAAAGCUGAAAUAGGUGAAGAAAAUAUUCUGCCAUACUGGGGAGGAACUAUGGCAACCAAUCAGCCGACCGGCGCUAUUCGGAUGGGUGGCGAACCACCGCAGCAAGUCAUUGAUUCGAUGCAGCCAUCAGAAAAACUUCCAAAUAGCGAGCUGAAAGUAAUCAAAGUUUCUCCACGUCGUUGUUCCGUUAUACAUGCAAAUGUGGUAAUGCGAGGACAGAUCCUGAAAUGGAAUUUUACAUGUUCUGGUGGUGACAUCAAGUACUAUAUUCAAAAAGAUGGUAAAGAGGUAGUUCCACGAUUCUGUCUUAAUACCCAAUUUUGUCCGGAAUUUGGUGAAAUACGGUGUGACGAGACUGGUCUCUAUGAGAUUUGCUUUGACAAUGCCCACAGCAUGCUGCGCUCCAAAACAAUCGCCUACAAAAUUGAUUUGUGCAGUGCCGACGAACAGAUCAGUCCUUAG